AGAAGGGAAAGACUUGGAAGAUCCAAGGAUGUAUCGACAACUGGUAGGUAGUCUUAUCUAUCUAACCCUUACUCAUCCUGACUUGGCAUAUGCAGUUGUAGUAGCAAGCCGUUACAUGCAAAAUCCAAAGAAGCCACAUUUGGAAUCAGUUCGGCGGAUACUGCGAUACUUAAAAGGAACUACAGUUUACGGUAUUCUGUAUCGUAAAGGUGAAAGAUGCCAAGUAACUGGGUAUUGCGACGCUGAUUAUGCUGGAGAUUGUGACACGAGGCGAUCGACUACAGGUUACAUCUUCAGUUUGGGAUCAGGAGCAGUGUCAUGGUGCAGUAAGAGGCAAGCUACCGUAUCUCUCUCCACCACCGAAGCCGAGUAUAGAGCAGCAGCUAUGGCAGCACAAGAAAGCACGUGGUUGAUGCAAUUGCUAAAGGAUCUUCACCAACCGAUUGAACAGGUAAUACUUCAUUGUGAUAACAGGUCAGCAGUAUGCCUAGCAGAAAAUCCAAUGUUUCAUGCUAGAACCAAGCAUAUUGAGGUGCACUACCACUUCCUAAGAGAAAAAGUGCUGCAAGGUGAGAUCUACAUGAAGCUGACGCCAACAGAAGACCAAAUUGCUGAUAUAUUUACAAAGGGGUUCAACACAAAGAAGUUUGAAGACAUACGUACACAACUUGGAAUAGUUAGUAGAUCAACAAUUCUGAAUAAGUUGGUGCUGAGGGGGAGUAAUGAAGCCACCGACCUUGGCUUCUAG